AUGGCGACCGAUACCGACUACGAAGUAUUGGAGAAGAUCGGCCAGGGCUCGUUUGGCGUCAUUCGCAAAGUGAGGCGCAAGUGUGACGGCGAGAUCAGAUGCAGAAAAGAGAUCUCCUACACACGCAUGACGGACCGCGAAAAGGAACAGCUGCACGCCGAGCUGCGCAUCCUCGAAUCACUGCGGCAUACCAACAUCGUGCAGUACUACCAUCGACAGCACCUCAAGUCUUCUCAUGACCUUCAUUUGUACAUGGAGUAUUGCGGAAACGGAGACCUAGGUGGAUACAUCAGAAAGCUGAAAGAGAAGAAUCGAUACGCCGAUGAGGAGUUCAUCUGGACCAUAUUUGCGCAGCUGGUUGGUGCUCUCUACCGGUGUCACUAUGGCGAGGACCCACCACCACCAGGCAAGGAGGGAAACGUGAGGAAGGGCAAGGCACUUCAGAGCAAGCAGGGUCAUACUGUCAUCCUGCACCGAGACCUCAAGCCAGAGAAUGUGUUCCUUGGCGAGGAGAACAGUGUCAAGCUGGGAGACUUUGGUCUUUCCAAGAUCAUCGCCGCUCACGACUUCGCCAGCACCUACGUCGGCACUCCCUUCUACAUGAGUCCAGAGAUCUGCGCGGCAGAACGCUACUCGCACUAUUCGGAUAUCUGGUCCCUUGGCUGCAUCAUCUACGAACUCGCAACACGACAGGUGCCUUUUGAGGCCCGCAGUCACAUGGAGCUUGUGAUGAAGAUCAAGCAAGGCCGCAUCAAGCCCUUGCCGCCCCAGUAUAGCCAAGACCUCAUCGAUACCAUCUCUUGGUGUCUCAAGACCGACUCACGCCAACGUCCGGACUGUGCACAGCUGUUGACUAUUGGCAACAUCAAGGUCGCCCGCACGAAGCUCGAAUCGAAGGUGGCUCUUGGUCAGCUCGACAAGGUCCAACAGGAGCGUGACAGUGCGUUCAACAAGCUAGCGGCAGCUCAGAAGCAAAUACAAGAGCUGCAGAACGAGGUUGGCAAGCUUCGCGAGGCAAACAAGAAGGUGGAGAUGGAGUGGCAUGCUCGAGCCACGUUGGCGAUCGACCAAAAGGUCCAGGAGGCCUGUGACCGGAACAAGCAGGAGCUGCUUUCGCAGUUCGAGACGGCCGUCGAUCAGCGUGCCGAAGAGAAGCUCUCCCUUCAUCUGGCUUCUCUCCCGGGCAGCCAUCACAGCUCUUCCAAGGAGGCCGAUGUGUCAUUCCACGUCAGAUCAAGUACACCACCUCCAGGCAAGAACGCGGCUGCCUCAUCUUUCGAGAACUUCAUCAGCACUAUCCCCGACCCUGACGCCUCUUCCUUGCCCGAAGUGCUCGAAGAUUCGGUGCUCGACACAGAGUUGACAUCGUUGUCGCUCAACGAUCCUGUGGAAGACGAGGUCUCGCCUCUCGCUCGCCGCACGUCCAAGCUGCCUCCCAAGAAGACGGCUCGCAAGCCCUUUACCCGCGCAAAGACAUUUGCCAACUGCAACACCAUCAGCAAUACGAUUAAGGAUUCGCCCAUGGACGUCCACAUGGCCGAUCCAAGCCCAAUGCCCAACCACUACAAAGGCCUCGGCCUCUCACCUCGGCGAAAUGGCGGACUCCAGGAGCGUCUGACAAAUGAGCCGGUGAAGAGAAACAUCUUCAGCGUGGCCAUAGAGAAGGAGAACCGACCACCCAUCCGUGGCCGAACGCUCGUGGAGCUCUCUCAGAGUCCGGCCAAGUGGAAUCCAAUCGUCCAUGGAGAGGAGAUGCCUAGUCCAUUCAUCAAGAGGCGGUAG